UGGACACAGGGGACCGAUAGCAUUAACCAGUAAUCAUGUCUGGCUCAGAACAAAAACCUGAGAAGAAGCAAGUUCGGGUGUGGUGCGAUGGCUGCUACGACAUGGUGCACUUUGGUCACGCCAACUCGCUACGCCAGGCCAAAGCCAUGGGCGACUACCUGAUGGUGGGGGUGCACAGUGACGCCGAGGUCACUGAGCACAAGGGGCCGCCCGUGUUCACCGAGGAGGAACGGUACAAAAUGGUGCGCGCCAUCAAAUGGGUGGACGAGGUAGUGGAAGCGGCCCCUUAUGUUACCACACUGGAGACACUGGACAAGUACGGGUGUGACUUCUGCGUACACGGAGAUGACAUUACGAUGACUGCCGAGGGAGUCGACACCUACCACAUCGUCAAGGCGGCCAACCGAUACAAGGAGUGUCAGCGCACGCGGGGUGUCUCCACCACCGACCUGGUCGGACGGAUGCUGCUCAUGACCCGGACCCACUUCAAGACUGGCAAGGACGAGUACUCUGUUGACCUGCCGCCGGAGCCGUCCCUGGAGCACGGCGCCACGGCACACAGUCCGUGGACGGGCGUCACUCAGUUCCUGCCCACCACGCGGCAGCUGAUCCAGUUCUCAUCCGGACGGGCGCCCAAG